AUGGAGGACCUUAGGGCGGGGCCGACAACCCUCACGACAUCCCGAUUACCAACGACGACUCUGGUCAACACCGUCGUCGACUCUGCGCAGGAGCGGUUACAGGCGUUGAUGAUGGCAUCUCAGAACCAUCCCUAUGGAGCCUCGACACCGGCGUCGAUGCGGGUGCAGCGGACCAACGACUCGACUAUUAAUGGCGUCGUCAUUGGACUCCUCAGCUCCUUUGGUAGUGCCGUGGUGAUUGCUAUUGUGUUCCUGGUCGUCUACUUCUUCAGAUAUACCAGCAGUGGCCGGAUUUUCUUGGAUCGAAUUGGAAGGCCUGGAGAGUAUGAUGAUGAGCAGGCAUAUGCAAGGGAGGAGGCCGAGGCAUUGGAGACGAUGGACGAUUUGCAGAGGACGGAAUACUUCCGGGCGAAAGCCUUUAUCCAAGCUAAUCCGCCUGAUUCUUUACCUACCGACAUUUCCCUGUCACAGUACCUAGCGAUCCAGGAAAAGGGAGUCUCGGCGUGGGAGUUCGAGCCGGAGUUGGAAAUUGCGAAUUGCUUUGUGGAAGGCCGGACGGAAAUUGAAUUCUACGAUAGCGAGUGUUCGGUCCUCUCGAAUCUUCCUCUUCCCAAGCAGAACGAGGUCUAUUAUUGGGAAGCAAAGAUAUAUGAUAAGCCCGAGACUUCUUUGAUAAGUAUUGGUGUGGCAACGAAGCCGUAUCCUUUAUUCAGAUUACCUGGUUGGCAUAAAUAUUCCGUCGCAUAUGCGUCAACAGGACAACGAAGAUACAAUCAACCAUUCCAAGGACCAACUUAUGGACCACAGUAUGUGCAAGGAGACGUAAUUGGAGUUGGAUAUAGACCACGAACUGGAACGAUAUUUUUUACCCGUAAUGGGAAGAAGUUGGAGGAUGUUGCCCAUGGACUCAAAUCACAAAACUUAUUCCCGGCAGUCGGAGCCAAUGGACCUUGUACUAUUCAUGUCAAUUUCGGGCAGUCAGGAUUUGUUUUCAUUGAAGCAAAUGUUAAGAAAUGGGGUCUCGCGCCAAUGACUGGCAGCCUUGCACCACCACCACCUUAUGGAAGCGAACAAGGGAGUAUCCUGCUAGAGGCUGGAAGGGACGGAGCGCAGAGCAGUCAGAGUCACUUCCCGGAUCCAAGACACGGGCGAACGAGGAGUGGAAACUUCAGAAAUCAUCCACCAACGAGUCCCGGACCUGUACGAUCACCAACCGAUAUUUCUCUCGCUCAUCUUACACACGUGUCUACAAAUGAAGAACCUGGGGAAUCUAGCUCUACUACCUUCCCAGCUCGAUCUUCGAAUAAUCUGCAAGUCGGUCUAGGUGUACAAGAUUCGUCAAAUCCACCACCAGAAUACACGAGCCCGCAACCUUCACACGCAGGAAGUUCCCGAAGCAGCAUCGAUAGCGAGAGAGCACCGUUAGUCCGAAGACAAAGCACACCUCCGAUACCCAGUUAUAGCGACGCGACCGCCGGGGACAGAGCUCGAGAACGAAGCAAUAGCCGGCGGGCAAGGGCUGAAAUUAAUGAUACUCGAAGACAUCAAGACAACAACCAGGCGUCAUGA